UUUACAGGAAACUUUAAAAAUCACAAUAACGACGUAAUUGAAAACAGUGUGGGACAUAAUGUUUAUAAGCCAAUGGAGUUAAUCGAGUGAAUUACAGUAAUGUCCAUGCGACUUCCAUCUUCCAAUUUAUUUGGGGCAAAUGAAGCACCGCAGUUUGACACAUGGAACCUGGCUAACAGACCUGUUAUCUGCGAGUCCUACACCCUAACCACCAAAUACCGCCAGUGUAAGAACCCCGUCACACGGAGAUUUAAGGGCGUGCUUGGCUUUAAGCGGAAGCGACGCCCCGAGUCUCGUGCUGAAAGCGAGGGCGGAGAGUCUAACCACAGUCACGGCACGUCCGACAUCGACUUCGACAAGGAAUUCCCAGACGAUUUUGAUUACGAUGAAAAAGAAAACAAGGCAGAAGAAAAAUUAUCGAACACACCCAAAGUUGAUGUCUUGAUUCAGGAUCCGCCCCCAGAAUCUGUGACUUCAACUGACAUACAAGAGGAUACAGACCCCAAGACCGUAAUCAAACGCACCCCUUGUCAGGAGCUGUACAUCCGGUCCUGCAAGUUCCUUGACGUAAUUCCAGCGUCAACGUUCAUACGUCAUCUGGGGGACGAAAAAAUCCAAUUACGUCAUCACUUCCUCGGUCCAGACGGAACAAAAGCUUGCUGUAUGGCUCUUCUGGUAUGUUCUGAUGUUAGAUUAAUGAUUAGCUCACCUGAGUCAAAGACGUUCUGAUAGAAUUUGCCUGACGUCCCGUCUGUGAAGCUUAUAUUAUUGUGGGGGAUUGUCUCAAAGAAUAUCAACAUAUUCAUUGGCAU